AUGGCGCUGCUGGUGCGGGACCCUUUGGCUUCGCGGGCGCAGCUGUUUUUGUUGCCCGCCGGAGGCGGCUCGGUGCGCAGCCUCCUCCGUGAUCGAGCUGGGGCGUUGAAUAUUCCUGAAGAGAGUUUGUAUGUGAAAUGUAACGGACGACUGGUUAAUGAUGAAGACGCAUUGCAGAAUGGAGCUGUUUAUAGUUUGGAACCAAGACUUUGUGGUGGAAAAGGAGGGUUUGGGUCUAUGCUUCGAGCACUUGGUGCUCAGAUUGAAAAGACAACCAACAGAGAGGCUUGCCGAGAUCUCAGUGGGCGGAGGCUUCGAGAUGUCAAUCACGAAAAAGCGAUGGCCGAAUGGGUGAAGCAGCAAGCAGAACGGGAAGCAGAAAAAGAGCAAAGGCGCUUGGAAAGGCUGCAGCGGAAGCUGGCGGAGCCAAAGCACUGUUUCACAAGCACAGAAUACUGGCAGCAGUGUUAUGAAACGUCUGAGCGACUAGAAGAUUCAGUCCUUAAAGGAUUGCAGGCCACAUCAAGCAAAGUAGUGUCACCAGAAAGCGGCGGUAGUCGGAAGCGGCCAGGUGAAUUUGGAAAGGACGAAACAAAAUCUCGGAAAAGAAAAUGUUUUUGGCUGGGAUUGGAAGGAUUGGAUGAUUGUUCCAGUUCCGAUUCUGAGGAUGGCAGUGAAGAUGCUUCCCCUCAUGCAUCCGAUGAAAGUUGUCCGUCAGGCAGCAGAUCUAAUGAAAAAGCUGGAAGCUCCAGUGAAUGUUCUGGCGGCUCUGUGGGUUCAGUGGACAAUUGUCCAGCCACCAGCGUGAGUGAGGAACCUCUGGAGCAGCCAGAGGGUACUGGAAGAGAUCUGCAGGGAGAGACACACACAGGUGGGCACACUGAAAUUCCAGCUGAAGAAAACAGUAAAACGACAAAGCCCUUGAAGGAAGAGGCCCAAGAAAAGAGUGAAGUAACCCAAGCUCUGAAGGAAGGGGAACAAGAACAUGUUUCUCCUGAGGCACAGGGGACGAGCCAGUUACAGAGCAUGGAGGAGGAACCAGUAGACCUACUGGCAUUCAACUCUGCUGCUGAAAUGGAAGCCCUGGGAUUAGACAGACUGAAGAGGGAACUGAUGUCUUUAGGACUGAAAUGUGGAGGCACUUUAAAGGAAAGAGCGGCGAGGCUUUUUUCAGUGAGAGGUCUGUCUAGAGACCAGAUCGACCCUGCCUUAUUUGCGAAGCCCUCUAAGGGGAAAAAAAAAUGA